GGAUGUUGUGGCACUGAAAACGGAGACAACUCUACAUCCGGGCUGCACACAACAGUCAAGCUACAAAAGAAAAAUAUAUAUUUAUUCGUUUUAAUAUGGCACAGUGCACAGAACCGUCCUCCAGCUCUGGAGAGAAUGGAGAGGUGAAUAAAGAGAGGAAAGUGGCGUUCAUUACGGGCAUCACUGGGCAGGAUGGUUCCUAUCUGGCUGAUUUCCUGUUGGCGAAGGGCUACAAGGUCCAUGGUCUUCUACGCCGGUCCAGUUCAUUUAACACGGGUCGCAUCGAACAUCUCUACCAGAACCCCCAGACACACACUGAAGGCAACAUGAAGUUGCAUUAUGGUGACCUAACAGACAGCACAUGCCUGGUGAAGAUCAUCAACCAGAUCAAGCCUACAGAGAUCUACAACCUGGGGGCUCAGAGUCAUGUCAAGAUCUCUUUUGAUUUGGCUGAGUACACAGCCAAUGUGGAUGGUGUAGGCACACUGCGCCUGCUGGAUGCCAUCAAGACGUGUGGUCUGACCAACAGCGUGCGUUUCUACCAGGCCUCCACCAGUGAACUGUACGGCAAAGUCCAAGAGAUCCCUCAGAAAGAGACUACGCCUUUCUAUCCCCGCUCGCCUUAUGGCGCUGCUAAGCUCUAUGCCUAUUGGAUUGUGGUGAACUUUCGAGAGGCCUACAACAUGUUUGCUGUCAACGGGAUCCUCUUCAAUCAUGAGAGCCCCAGGAGAGGCUCAAACUUUGUGACCCGUAAGAUCAGCCGGUCAGUGGCGAAGAUUCACCUGGGCCAGCUGGAGAACUUCAGCCUUGGCAACCUGGACUCCAAGAGAGACUGGGGGCAUGCCAAGGACUACGUGGAGCUGCCCUUGGUUGGCCAAUCGGGUUCAGAGAGUGCAGCAAUAUCAAUCCAGAAUCUCCUCAGCUCUCAGGCUAUGUGGCUGAUGCUGCAAACAGAGGAACCAGAGGACUUUGUUAUAUCAACGGGGGAGGUCCACAGUGUGAGGGAGUUUGUGGAGAAGGCCUUCAGACAUGUGGGGAAGACCAUUGUAUGGGAAGGCAAGGAUGAGAUGGAGGUAGGACGUUGUCAGGAGACAGGGGUGAUACAUGUGAGAGUGGACCCCAAAUAUUUCCGCCCAACUGAAGUGAGCUGCCAGUCUGAGUUUGCACCCUACAGGUCUCUGCCAGUGUCGAGUUUUGGCUCGGCCCUGCUGACAUACUUCCAAGUUCAUGUGUCGCUUAAAGGCAGAAACUGCUGUGAGAUGACUGACAGCCCUGUGGUUUUUCCUCCAACCUCUCGUUCUGAGGAAAGGAGUGAGGUGGAGACGGAGAAGUCGGGAGGUGAUAAAUAG